AUGUAGCGUAAAAUAUGAUGAGGUUAUUAGCCUACAGGCUAGUAAAAAUGUUAUUUGUUUUAGCUUACCCAUAGCUUUGACUGAAAGAUGCCUGCCAGCUUGUUGGCUCUUUUCACUCCCCCUGGACCUGGCUAUCAGGGGAAUUCAGAAGGUUGUGGUUUAUGACCUGGACCUGGCUAUCAGGGGGAUUCAGAAGGUUGUGGUUUAUGACCUGGACCUGGCUAUCAGGGGGAUUCAGAAGGUUGUGGUUUAUGACCUGGACCUGGCUAUCAGGGGGAUUCAGAAGGUUGUGGUUUAUGACCUGGACCUGGCUAUCAGGGGGAUUCAGAAGGUUGUGGUUUAUGACCUGGACCUGGCUAUCAGGGGAAUUCAGAAGGUUGUGGUUUAUGACCUGGACCUGGCUAUCAGGGGGAUUCAGAAGGUUGUGGUUUAUGACAUGGACCUGGCUAUCAGGGGGAUUCAGAAGGUUGUGGUUUAUGACCUGGACCUGGCUAUCAGGGGGAUUCAGAAGGUUGUGGUUUAUGACCUGGACCUGGCUAUCAGGGGAAUUCAGAAGGUUGUGGUUUAUGACCUGGACCUGGCUAUCAGGGGGAUUCAGAAGGUUGUGGUUUAUGACCUGGACCUGGCUAUCAGGGGGAUUCAGAAGGUUGUGGUUUAUGACCAGGACCUGGCUAUCAAGGGAAUUCAGAAGGUUGUGGUUUAUGACCAGGACCUGGCUAUCAAGGGGAUUCAGAAGGUUGUGGUUUAUGACCUGGACCUGGCUAUCAGGGGGAUUCAGAAGGUUGUGGUUUAUGACCUGGACCUGGCUAUCAGGGGGAUUCAGAAGGUUGUGGUUUAUGACCUGGACCUGGCUAUCAGGGGGAUUCAGAAGGUUGUGGUUUAUGACCAGGACCUGGCUAUCAAGGGAAUUCAGAAGGUUGUGGUUUAUGACCAGGACCUGGCUAUCAAGGGGAUUCAGAAGGUUGUGGUUUAUGACCUGGACCUGGCUAUCAGGGGGAUUCAGAAGGUUGUGGUUUAUGACCUGGACCUGGCUAUCAGGGGGAUUCAGAAGGUUGUGGUUUAUGACCUGGCUAUCAGGGGGAUUCAGAAGGUUGUGGUUUAUGACCUGGACCUGGCUAUCAGGGGGAUUCAGAAGGUUGUGGUUUAUGACCUGGACCUGGCUAUCAGGGGGAUUCAGAAGGUUGUGGUUUAUGACCUGGCUAUCAGGGGAUUCAGAAGGUUGUGGUUUAUCAUAACCUGCCCAUUAUGGUCACUUUGUCACAGGGAACAUAUCAGAUGUUCCACUAAACAAACAGACAAGGAAAUAUGCCUAGUAGUGGAGGACAGCACAGCGUUGAUCAAAUCCCUGCCAAUCUGACGAGUCCAGCCUUUCUACUCAUUUGUGUUAUUGUAACAUCAUGGAACAAUGUUGCAAAUGUCUAUUUCUUCGAGAGCGUUUGUGGACACAAUGUACCUACCAUCUUGUUAACAGUGAGUAUGGCUGGAGCUUUGUGAAUGUGAAAUGGAUAUUGCCUUCAGUAACUGUGUCAACAGGUCGUGUGUAGCCUACACAUGAUAGUCAGCAAUGCAGUUUAUGGAAAUCAUGUAUGUAAGUGAUGUUUUCUAUUGAGGACUAUGUUGAGCAGGCCUAUAGGCUAAAUCUGUUUGGCUGCUAGCGUUGUGAUGACUGGUCUAAUGUAGGAUGUGAAGCCAAGGAGUCGUUAUGUUCGGUUCAUGCAUGCAGCUAUUGUGCAUAUUUAGUAUUUUUGCAAUAUUUCUCUCCCGAAACGGGAAGGAGCUUGGUCAGGAAGUCCCAGGAUACCUGUCACCAGUGUUAAACCCUACAUAUCCCUUUAUACUAAGAAAUAACACUCCUGUCUGUCCUCUCUACCUCUCCAUUUCCCCCCUCCACCUCUACCUCCCCUGCUCUCAC